AUGAGAAGCUUCGUUCUCUUUUCUUUAUCUUCUUUUGCUUGUCUCUUUUCUUAUUUCUCUUCUUUCUUUACUUUUCUUUCUUUUUGUAUUUUUUAUUCAUUUUUUACUCUCUCUCCCAUUUUUCUUUCUCGCUUCAUUUUUCUUUCUUUCCUUUUUUCUUCUGUAUUUCUCAUUCAUUUCUUACUCUAUCUCUAUCUCCCGUUUUCUUUCGUUCUUCAUCUUUCUUUCUUUUUUUUUUACUUCUGUAUUUCUCAUUCAUUUCUUUCUUUCUUUCUCUCUCUCCUCCGUUUUCUUUCUCUUUUCAUCCUUCUCUUUUCAUCUUCCUUUUUACUUCUGUAUUUCUCAUUCAUUUCUUUCUUUCUUUCUCUCUCUCUUUCUUUCUUUCUCUCUCUCUUUCUUUCUUUCUUUCUUUCUCUCUCUUUCUCUCUUCCGUUUUAUUUUCUCUUUUCAUCCUUCUCUUUUCAUCUUCCUUUUUUCUUCUGUAUUCCUCAUUCAUUUUUUAUGAUCUCGCUUUCCUUUUUACUGUGUUUCUUCAUCUUUUUUCUUUCCUUUUUUCUUCGAUAUUUCGCUUUCGUUUAUUUACUCUCUCUUUCUCUCUUCUUUUCUUUCUUUCUCUCUUCUCUCACCUUCCUACCCUUUCUUUAUCUAUACCGCUUCUUGUUUUCAUCUGUAUUUCUCAUUUUUUUUUCAUCUCUUAUUCUCUGUAUUUUUCUUCCUUUCGUUUUUUUUCUUCCCUCCCCCAACCUUCUCUCCUCUAUCUCUCUCUCACUAUUUCUUUUCUUUCUGGUUCCUUCUGUAUCGCUCAGUUUUCUUUCACAUAUUACUCUUUCGCUUUCUCCUUUUCUUACUAUUUGUCUUUCUUUCUUCUCACUCCCCCACCGUCUCAUACUCGUUCUUUAUCUUUUUUCCUUUCUUUCUACUCUUACUCCUUUUUUCUCUCUAUUUCAUUCCUUUAUUUCUUUUUUCUUUCCUUUAUUUCCCCACUUUCUUUGGCUCUUUUCCUUUUUCCUGUCUGUCUUUUUCAGCUGUCUUCCUCCGUUUAAUUUUCUAUUUCUUAUUAUUCUUUCAUUUCUCUCUCUCCCUCUCUCUCCUCUCUCUCUCUCUCUAUCUCUCUAUCUAUCUAUCUAUCUAUCUAUCUAUCUCUUUCUCUGGCUUACUGCAUUUCAAUGGCCUCCCUCCAUCCUCUACUUUUUCUUCCCAUUUAUUCUUUAUCUCUCGCUCAUUUUUCUGUCUCUCUCUCUUUCUGACACCCUCCCACCUUCUCCCACUCUGUCACUCCCUUUCUUCCUGUUUUCUACUGCAUCUCACAUUCUUCUCUCAUUGCUCUCUCUAUAUAUCUCUCUCUCUUCCUAUCUAUCUAUUCUCCCUUCUCCCCACACUCUCAUUCGCUGUCUUUCCUUCUCACUUAGUUUUCUUCUUACUGUUUCACCUCUUUCUCCCUCUGUUUUAUUUCUUUUCUUUCUUAUUUCUUUUCUUUCUCUUUCCUCCUCCUUUCCUCUCAUUUUUCUUUCUCUCUACUUCUAUCUCUCUCUCUCUCUCUUUCUCACUCACUCACUUCAUAGUUUCUGUCUGCUCACUAUAUGA